AUGAAUUCUUAUAACAAUGAACUUAACACUAAUAUGGGUAUCAAACUUAAUACUGAUAUGGAUAUCGAACUUGAUACUAAUAUGAGCAUCAAACUUGACACUAAUGUGAGCAUCAAACUUGACACUAAUAUGA